AUGGGUGUAGGUGCGCUGGAAGACGCAAUUGGGCACAUCCUGGCGUCUGGAAAAUGGCCAAGCUAUGAGAACCACCUCUCUCAAGAAAUUCUCUCACGUUCUAAUACACCAAACCCAAAUCGCAAAAGAACAAACAACAUGGCCUACAACCUCUCAAUAGAGGUCUUCGGUUCCGGCGAUAGCCCCACACACCGAUCCCACUGGGGCUUCAUGAUCAACAAACCCGGGAAUCUAGAAUUCGGAGAUCUCCUCCAAGUCGAGGUCGUCGAUUCAGACCGGUUGUGGUACGGUUUUGCGCCUCGGUACGCCACAAAGAUUAUCGACAAAGCGGCUGUGGGGAUGUGCAAGCUUACCGAUCUGACGUCUCAACAACGACACGACGUGAUCAAGAUUAUCGAGAAGGUGCCUGCUCCUAAGAAUUCAAUUGGCCUGUGCCAAGAUUGGAUUUUUGAUGCUUUGUUGUCUUUGGAGAUUGAAGAGUUUGUUCCUUCCGGUACUUCUGCUUUCUGGAAGGGCAUGGUUGGCAGACCGGCACGAGAAGUUGCUGCUGCUUGUGGGACGCAGUGGACUGCCUUUGCUUGA